CCCAAAACCCGUCAGCGAACAGUGUGGAUCGUUCAGCGAGAGCAUCUGCUACAAAGGAUCUCUCUUUUCACUCCUUAAGAGCCGUCGGAGUCGCUCUUCCUUUCCUUUCUACUUUCAAUAACCUUUCCUGCUUGUCUUAUCUCUCACGCGACCUGCAAUCUGUUCAUUUCUUAAUCUCUAGUCUGACCUUGUCAAUCUCGCCGCCAUGGCUAGUAAGGCUGCAAACAAGCGUUUGACACGCGAAUACAAAGCCAUCUCCGAGAACCCACCGCCUUACAUCACUGCUCAUCCUUCAGAGUCGAACAUCCUUGAAUGGCACUACAUCAUCACUGGUCCUGAGGAUACACCCUAUCAUGGGGGACAAUACUGGGGUACUCUGAUGUUCCCUCCGAACUAUCCGUUUGCGCCGCCCGCUAUUCGAAUGCACACUCCUUCAGGCCGAUUCCAACCUUCGACGCGACUAUGCUUGUCCAUCUCCGACUUUCACCCCAAAUCUUUUAAUCCCGCAUGGGAGGUCUCGACAAUCCUAAUCGGAUUGCUGUCUUUCAUGACGAGCGAAGAGAUGACGACAGGUUCCGUUUCCAGCACUGCGGCCGAACGACGAUAUCUCGCAGCGCGGUCGCGUUGGUGGAACUCGACUGGCAAUGGCUCUAACGCUAAGAGCAAUCCCGCCAACAAGGGCAACGUCAAGGCCGGCGAUGGUGGUGCCAAAUUCCGAGCUGAGUGGCCUGAGGUGGAUACCGAGAACUGGGAGUGGAUGAAGAAGAACAAGGUCGACCCUCUUACGGGCAACCGAUUAGACGCCGACAACAACGGAUCAUGCCGACCUCAGCUGGGCAUCUCUGGUACUAGCGGACACCAGGCCCAAGCUGUUGUGGACGUGGUCAACCAGCAGCGAGAUGCCGGAACAGGGUGGAUAUACCGGAACAAGCUCCUCGUAGCUGGAGCAGCCAUCUUCAUCUACGUCCUCAUCGCCCGACUUGUGAGGGGCGAUGCGUAAUAGCGGUGUAACCAGAGUGAUUGGUGCACUGGGUUCCCCGCGUUUGAACCCAACUCAUUGAUUUUCGUUUGAUUGCUGGCGGGUUGGCGGGCGCAAGGCGGUUUUUCAAGCCAGAUAUCAAAGGACUCGCGUCUUGCGGAUGGCGUUUUUGGGGCACGCUGAGAAUAAUUUGUUCAAAUUCGAUGGAGUUUGGCAAACGAUGGAUACCUGGACAUGUAGAUGUAUCAGGUAGACUCAACUAAUAGACUUGGACUUUGUGGUUAUGUG